CGACGGCGAAUGGGGCCGGGCGGCGCUGCGGAGGAUGGAGCAGCUACAAAAUGGAGGCGGCGAGGAGAAAGCUGAGGCGGCGCCUCCCGCCGGCCCUCCGGGAAGCGGGCUGGGGGGCGCCGCCGACCAACGGCCGCGGCGAGGCCCCGCCUUCCGCUCCCGCCUCGACUCCCCGCGCAAGAACCGCCCUCCGUUCCCUUGGUUUGGCUUGGACAUCGGAGGGACCUUGGUCAAGCUCGUUUAUUUCGAGCCAAAGGACAUCACCGCCGAGGAAGAGGAGGAGGAAGUAGAGAACCUGAAAAGCAUCCGGAAAUACCUGACCUCCAACACCGCUUACGGAGCCACGGGCAUUCGGGACGUCCACCUUGAACUAAAGGACCUUACGCUGUGUGGACGUAAAGGCAAUCUCCACUUUAUACGCUUUCCUACCCAUGACAUGGCUGCUUUUAUUCAAAUGGGCAGCGAAAAGCACUUCUCGAGCCUCCACACCGCCUUAUGCGCCACAGGAGGCGGAGCGUAUAAAUUUGAGCAGGACUUUCGCACAGUGGGGGAUCUCCAGCUACGCAAACUGGAUGAACUCGACUGCCUUAUUAGAGGAGUCCUUUACAUCGAUUCGGUCAGCUUCAACGGACACUCAGAGUGCUACUAUUUUGAAAACCCCACCGAUCCCGAGAAAUGCCACAAGCUCCCUUUCAACCUGGAGAACCCGUACCCCCUUCUCCUGGUGAACAUCGGCUCCGGGGUCAGCAUCUUGGCCGUGUACUCCAAAGACAACUACAAGCGGGUGACAGGGACCAGCCUUGGAGGAGGGACCUUUUUCGGCCUCUGCUGCCUUCUGACCGGCUGCUCCACCUUCGAAGAGGCUCUGGAAAUGGCGUCCCGCGGGGACAGCACCAAAGUGGACAAGCUGGUGCGAGAUAUUUAUGGGGGCGACUAUGAGAGAUUUGGGCUGCCUGGUUGGGCCGUAGCAUCCAGCUUUGGGAACAUGAUGAGCAAGGAGAAGCAAGAGGCGGCCAGCAAGGAGGACCUGGCGAGAGCGACCUUGAUCACCAUCACCAAUAACAUCGGCUCGAUCGCCCGGAUGUGCGCCUUGAAUGAGAACAUCAACCGAGUGGUUUUCGUGGGCAACUUCCUGCGCAUCAACACGAUCUCUAUGAAGUUUCUGGCCUACGCUUUAGACUAUUGGUCCAAGGGCCAGCUGAAGGCUCUCUUCUUGGAACACGAGGGUUACUUUGGAGCAGUCGGGGCCCUUCUCGAGCUUUUGCAUUCAGCCUGAUUCCAAACACGGAGGCCGCACCUCCCCGGUUGCUGCUGGAAGGCAAAAGGGAAUAUCCAUAUUAAUUCAGCUCUCGAUUUCUAAAACUUCUGUCCGGCGAACGAGUGACUGUAACUGUAUGCGAUCUCAUCAAUCAACAGUGAGAAGAAUGGCAUUUAACCAAAAAAAAAAGUUAAGGCUAAGCCUGAAUAUUAGCUUGCUUGUAAGGAAUUAAUAAGCCGGUGUAUGGGCAAAGCAUACAAAUUCUGCAUUUAGACAGCCUUAAGCUUGCGGUAUUUGAACUCUGAGGUCACUGGAGAGAAAGCGCGCAGCUAAGCUCAGUCGAGAUCUCUUCUUCAGCACGAAUUUUUAUUUUCUCAAUUUUGUACGGACUGUGAACGGCUGUGUGAGUUUUCACAAUACUGUCGGGAUGUGGAGAAUGUGAAAAAGCUAAUGUCAGAUAUUAAAAAUCUUUUUUUAAAAAAAAAAGAAAGAAAAGGAAAAA